CUUAGUUCAGCAGGCGACCCUGCAAAAUGGAACUGCUGUCACUGUGGGUAACUAAAUAGCUCCUGAUUCUCUGAAGACCUGGACCUGGGCCUACUCAGGCCAGAGAAGACAGCCAGGACCCAGGCCUUCUCAGGCCAGAGACGACACAGCCAGGUACAACCUGGACCCAGGCCUGCUUAGGCCAGAAAAGACAGCCAGGACCCUGGCCUUCUCAGGCCAGAGAAGACACAGCCAGAGCCUUGAGGGGUUUUUUUUUGUUUUGUUUUGGUUUUGUUGUUUUUUUUUUUUUUUAAUUAUUGAACUUGACCUUCUCCCUGAAGAUGACAAACAGUUCAACGUUCUGUCCGGUUUACAGAGAUCUGGAACCAUUUACCUAUUUUUUUUAUUUAGUUUUCCUCAUUGGAAUUAUUGGAAGUUGUUUUGCCACGUGGGCUUUUAUACAGAAAACCACAAAUCACAGAUGUGUCAGCAUAUACUUAAUUAAUUUGCUUACAGCUGAUUUCCUGCUCACCCUGGCAUUACCAGUAAAAAUCAUUGUUGACUUGGGUGUGGCACCCUGGAAGCUAAGGAUAUUCCACUGCCAAGUGACAGCCUGCCUCAUCUACAUCAAUAUGUACUUAUCUAUUAUCUUCUUAGCCUUUGUCAGCAUCGAUCGCUGUCUUCAGUUAAUACACAGCUGCAAGAUAUACCGAAUACAAGAACCUGGGUUUGCCAAAAUGAUAUCAGCUGUCGUGUGGCUCAUGGUCCUGCUGAUCAUGGUGCCGAACAUGGUGAUUCCCAUCAAGGACAUCAAAGAAAAGUCAAAUGUAGGUUGCAUGGAGUUUAAAAAGGAGUUUGGAAGAAACUGGCAUUUGCUAACAAACUUCAUCUGUGUGGCAAUAUUUUUAAAUUUCUCAGUCAUCAUUUUGAUAUCCAACUUCCUUGCAAUCAGACAACUCUAUAGAAAUAGAGACAACACAAACUAUCCAAGUGUGAAAUCAGCUCUGCUCCACAUUCUCUUGGUGACAGCUAGUUACAUCAUAUGCUUUGUUCCCUACCACGCUGUCAGGAUCCCAUACACCCUCAGCCAGACAGAGGUCAUAUCUGAUUGCUCAACUAGGAUCGCACUCUUCAAAGCCAAAGAGGCCACACUGCUGCUGGCGGUGUCUAAUUUGUGUUUUGAUCCAAUCCUGUACUAUCAUCUGUCAAAAGCCUUUCGACUAAAGGUCACCGAGACUUUCGCCUCACCUAAAAAGAGCAAGCCUCUGGAAGAAAGAUUGAGAAGUGAGAAUGAUGUGUAAAAUGCAGGCUUUGCACGUUAGUCCUUCUUCCUGACUGGACCAUAAAGCUGGUCACAGUUUUCAAAAAUAAAAGAAGAUGCUGAGAUAGAAGAAGAUGCUUAGGAAUAAGAGCCACCAAUAGCUAGCAAACGGGACUGGUUCAUGCAGAAAGUCCUUUCUUCAAUCCAAGCCAACCCUGCACUCUCACAGAUGCUGACAUUCUUUACCUAACAAAGCACAUUGAACCAAGGUCAACUGGAAUGAUCAAAGUGGGGAGGACAGCCAUGGCAAAGACUCAGAAAUUCACUUCAAUUUCUGGAACAUUUACUUUCUGGAUGAAAAUAUAUCAAAUAAUCUACAUCUAAGUUGCCAGGAAGCCCUUCAGCGAUACCUUAAAGGUCUUCUGUGACCUAGAAAAAUAAAAGCAUCAAAAUACCUGCAUCAUUUUUAUUUAUAACUAUUGCCUUGAAAGGUAUUAAAUGCUCUCUAUUCAACACUCCUAUUUUUAAUAUCUAAUUUUUGGUAACAUAAUAACAACUUUUUGUUAUGAAAGGUUUACAGUAACCAGGACAGGAGGUCACACUGGUUAAUUCCAGCACCCUGGGGGCUGAGGCAGAAAGAUUAUGAGUUUGAGGCUAGCUGGGGCUACAAAGUGAACUGCAGGCCACCCAGGUCUAUAAAGUGAGACCUUAUCCCUAAUUAAUUUUAAGAGGCGUUUGCAAAUACAUGGGAAUUUUUUUUAACAAUAUAAGGAAGCUACUAAAUUACUUUAACUACUGAAAUUGUUUUGGAAGUAAAAAAUCCACAUCAAAAGUAUAAAAAAAAAUCAGCUUAAGAAUCUUAAAAUAGACACAUGGACUCAUACAGUAGGCCAUUCUAGAAACAUGGGUGACUCUCAGAUCUAGAGACAAGGCCAACCAGAAUGAAUCUGCAGUACAAAGUACAAGUCACCCCAUUGCUGACCAG